AUGCGCCCAGCCUCCCUCUGGCUGCUGCUCGCAGCGCAAGCCAAAGCCCACGAGCGCCGCCAUGAACCAACAGCCGUCCGCAAGAUGCCCGCCGACCAGGGCGCCAAGUUCCACCACGAGUACUGCGCCUUCGACGACAGUCCCAGUCCCCAGCAGAUGCCCCAAGGGUUAUUCGCGUCCGAACCAAUACCAAACCCACCACCACCGCCAGCCGCCCUCGCAGCCCGCAGCACCCACGACACCGACGACGCCCGCCGGCUGUGGGCGAAUUCCUCUGCCGAACUCGCCGUGCGGGCUCCUUUUGGAGUCUUGUUCGGCUCGGACGAACCCCCCCAACAAAACGACCACGAAAAAAGGGAGGAAAACGACUGGAACAUCCUCCGCCGCGCGGCCUCGGCCCUCUCCCAGCUCAACCAGCGCCAAUGGGCCUGUCCCAGCGGCACCACCAGCUGUGCAGCCAUCGGCUUCCCCCACAGCUGCUGCGGGCGCGACGAGACGUGCAUGGCGGUGGACGAUACUGGACUAGGACCUGUGGGUUGUUGUCCCGCGGGUGCUACGUGCAGUGGGGGGAUUUCGGGGUGCGCGGGGGGGAGUACGGCGUGUGAUAGUCAGGUUGGUGGGGGGUGUUGUAUACCCGGGUGGGUUUGUCAGGGUGUGGGGUGCGUCCAACCCGCACCCUCCCCACCACCAGCCCCAACAACCCUCACCACAACCUCCACAAGCAUCAUCUCCGCCCCCCAAGGCACCCCCUCCACCAUCCUCGUCACAGUCAUCAUAACCAUCACCCCCUCCUCCACCUCCGCCCCGCACCCCAUAACCUCCACCAUCACCCACACCACCACCGCUUCCCCUUCCCAUUCCCCCUCCUCCUCCCAAUCCCAGGAAUCCUCCUCCUCAAGUGGAGAAGCAGGCGCCCCCUGGCGACCAACCUCUUCCGCUGCGCAACCGACAAACCCAGCUUACUGCCCAACUGGGUUUUAUCCGUGUUUGGCACGUGCAGGAGGCGGGUGCUGCCAGACAGGACGGGAUUGUGCGACGGCUUCGUGUCCGGCGCCGGGGCCGAUGACGACUAUCGUGGGAGGGAAUGGGAACGGGGUGACUGUUGUUGUGCCUGUGCCUGAGGGAGGGGGUCAGGAGACUGGAGGGGCGUGUGCGAACGGGUGGUUUUUGUGUGGGAGUGAUCAGGAUCAUAAUCAGGGGGGUGGGGAGAGUGACAGAGGGUGUUGUCCGCAGGGGUAUGAAUGUGGGACGGCGAGUUGUUUUGCGCGGCCUACGGAGAAGGGGGUGCCGUCGGCUAGUGUGGCUAAGGGGGUGCCGGGCAAUUCGGGAGGUGGGAGGGUUAGGGUUAGGGUUGGGGUUGUUAUCAAGUUGGGGAUUAUCAUCGGGUUAGGGUUGGCCUUGUGA